CAACUUGUUUUUGGGUUGAUACAUAUAAAAGGGAACAAUUUUUGUCAUAAGAGCUCAAAGUUCGCACAAAUUGCGCAUAAAGCUAAUAAUUUGUAUUUAUAUACACUAAUUUUAUACUAAACAAAAUAUACUAUGUUGUAUACUAUAUGUUGUACACAAAGGAAAACAGAAAAUUUUAAUGGCAAGCGUUGAGGACCUAAUAUAAUAAUAUAAAACAAUUGUUUGAAAAUAAGUACAAAGAACAAAAUUCUAACAAUGUGAAUUAAUAUGGUUGUAUGUGUUUUCUUGCAUGCAUGUGAGACAUGUUUCAAAUUUUUUAUAUGCCAAAGUUUUCAUAGCGAAGUACCUACAUGUGUAUGUAUGCAUAUGUGUUUAUGUUAGUAAACAAUUGUCAGCUGGGCGUAUACAUUCAUAUAUUAAUUUAUUUAUAUUAUUCCGUAGAGAUCAGCUGUUCGCUCUUGUUUCAUAUAGUAUAUCCCGUUGAUGUAACACUUCGACAGUUCUCUUUAUUUACCAUCCAUGUUAUCGUUUCCUGUGCUCUUAACUACACACAUUUGUUAAAUAUGUAUCCAAACAUUUGUGAAUGUUCUGCUUAGAUACAUACACCUUUCUAUGCAGGGAUUUUUGUGUGUACCUUAUUUGGUGGUAGUUGUUUUUGAUUUGUGAGAUAGGAUUCUAUUAUAUUUUCGACUUGAACCAAAAUGACUCCUUGCUCUGACCGUUAAAUUUAGUAAACAGUUGUGUGUCGAAUUAGUAAGUGGCUGACCGAUUAUUAAAAAGGCAGAGAAACACAGUGAAAUUGAAUUUGAAAUACGUAAAUAAAAAGUGUUUAAUAACAUUGUUUGAAGCAAUUAUUGGGUAAAAGCUAAGAAAUAGUAUUUAGAAAACGUCAAUCGCGCAAAUCAACAAGACUGAAAAGGACAAAAGCAAUAUUUUCAGAUUUAGGGAAAGGAUCUCAAAUUGUCAAUAAAAACUUAAAUCUUUCAAUUAAAGCAGAUAUUCUGUUAAAAUUGCUGUGACAGGAACUUGUUAUUCGAAUCGUUUGGCAUUAAGCUUUUGGUGUCUUCAUUGAUAAGUAUAUUGCUGUAUAAUGUUUAGCAGUAUUGCAGCGUUUAUCUUUGGAUCAAGUACCACAGAAGGCACGAAUUGUAAAACCAUUGAAGAUUGUGAAUUACAUAAGUCCCAAAAUUGUUAUCUUACUAACGACAGACAACGGAAAGAAAACUUGGAAGAGGAUUCUAAAAAUAUUGAAACUAACGGCGAAUAUCAACAAGGAAUACGUAAUAAUAAUAAGCGCAAUAAUCGACAGAAUAAAGGAAAGAAGUGUGUUCCAAGUAAAAUAAAGGCAGUUACUAUAGAACCAGCACCAAUUUUAGAUGUUGUAACCUCUGAAUUAUCUGAUGUCGAUUUUGACUUAGAUGAUGAUUGGCUUCUCGUUCAAAAGGACGACGUUGAUAUCCCGAAUAGCUUUUUUCGCAAGAGCUCAAAAGAAAAUUUGAUUUUAGCUGAACAUAACAAUAGAACAUCAAAACCAAUUUCAGAGAUUUUAAAUAUUACAACAGUGCAGCAGCAUAAUAUUAGUAACAACUCUUCUCAGACGCUGCAAAACAAUUGUGAAAAGCACAAAUCUGACCUUACAUCAGGUUUUUCUCAAUCUAGUAGUGGACCUACUGCAGUACAGAUAUCACCAUUAAGUAAUUUAGGUUAUAGACCUAGCAAGUCCGUCGUCACUGUUGCCAAAAAAACAAGAUUGUUAACUGAUAAUAAUGACACUCAGCUGCUGCACGUUGCUAACCAUAGCAAAGACUUAGAACCCAAUCUUAGUAGUGUCAGUAUUGACAGUAACGGUUCUGGUGCUAAACUAUUUACAAUGGUGGAUUCGUGGUAUAUGACACCUCCGCCAUGCUUUGUCUCAACUGGUCCUAUUUACAUGGAAAUGUCACCUUUUGAAAAUUUACUUAUUGAGCAUCCGAGUAUGUCAAUAUACCACAGUAUUAAAAGUACUCAACAAACGCCUGAAAGCUUCGCAAAAUUCGAUCUCGAAGUAAGUGAAUCUAGCCAGAUUCAGGAGGAAAAAGAGAACUUCUAUACUCAAAAGUCACCUGAAAUCGUUUUUGCCAAGCCAUCAGCAGCUAUAUUAGAACAAAAAACUGAACCAAAUAUCAGAAAAAGUGCCAAAACUCCGCGUGUUGACCGCUGUAAUGCCGCUAAUCUAAAAAUGGAGCUAUUUGCGUUGAAUAGCCAAAAGAGUCUAGCAAUUUACGAGCGUCAAAACCUUCGACGUAAUGCCAUUCUGCGUGCAAAUCAGGUGCGUGAGAUCCAAGGUAGGAACAAUCGUCAGCGUCGCACUGACAUGCAACACUUCCAAGUCAUAAGUGGAGCUAAUAACAAUCGCAAAUGUUGUUAAGUACAGAAAUAAAUAUCAGUUAAACUGCACAACAAAAACAUUAAACUGGUAUCAAUAGAAAAUAAAGGUCAAAAGUAAACCAUCAAUUCAAAACUACAAAACAAUUGAAACAAAAAUAAUUAUUAUUAGGAUAAUACAAAUAAUAAAAAAAAAAUCUUGGAUAAAAAUAUAAACCACUUAUUUAUCCUUUUAAGUAAACGAUUUUAUUAUUACCUUUGAAUAACAUCAAUGCUCAGAAAACAAUAUUUAAAUAUUAUGUAAUUAUGUAUAUAUAUGUUUGCUGCGUCUACGCAUAGUACAGACAAUCUUAACCUUGUUAAUGUAAUUUUAUUGCGAUUAAGUUCUUGAAGAAUUAUUUGUAACACUUUCAUUAGAUGGCUAAAAUAAAGAACCAAUUUAUUUUGA